CUGGAAUAUACCCAAGACUCUGGUUAUUAGCACCAAACCAAUGAUCUCCCUCUUUAAAACCUCUUCUUCUUCGUCUCUCGUUAUACGCAAAGGCCAUAUAUAGUAGCACGAGCACCAACACAAUCACCAUGGCAGAAAUUUCCAGGCCUCUCAAUGUCUACUUCCUGCCUUUCUUGGCACAAGGCCACAUGAUCCCUUUCUGCCAAUUUGCGCGGCUCUUCGCUGCACGUGGCUUGCACGUGACCAUCAUCACCACCCCUGUCAACGCCCGGUUCCUCCAAAGCUCCAUUGAAGAAAGCAACGCCUUGGGCCACCAUAUCCAACUUCACACCGUCAGAUUUCCCUCCGAUGAAGUAGGUCUCCCCGACGGCAUCGAGAACUUCUUCAAUGUCACAGAUGCCCCCACUGGUCAUAAACUUUACGAGGCUGCAGGUUUGCUCAGAAAUCAAGUGCAGCCUUUCAUGGAGGAAAACCCACCCGAUUGUAUCGUUUCGGAUUUUAUGUACCCGUGGACAGCCCCGAUAGCUACCCGUUUGGGGAUUCCCAGGAUUGUGUUCAACUCCUUUUGUCUUUUUGCUGUGUGCAUGAUCAGUGCGCACAACAGACAAUUACAGUCACUACCGCCGGGAUUAUGCAAUGAUCAUGAUGGUGAUAAUUCGGGUGGUCCGUUUGUGGUUUCGGGUCUUCCCGAAACAAUCACCCUCCCCCUUCGACCACCUAAGAGGAUUUCUGAACUGCUCGGAAGCUUGAUAGAGGCUGAUCAGAAGAACAGCUAUGGGCUAAUUGUGAACAACUUUAACGAUCUGGACGGUCAAGAUUACAUCAACUAUCACCAGAAAAGCACCGAUCUGAAGGUUUGGCACAUUGGUCCUGCUUCUCUCAUGUUACGAAACAUACUACCAAAAGAAGAUCUUCAUCCACAAACCAACAACGAGCAUGAUGAACUCAUAAGGACAUGGCUAGAUUCCAAGGAAUCUAAUUCUGUUGUUUACGUAAGCUUUGGCAGUCUGUGUCGUUUCGAUGACCCUCAACUGUUCGAAAUAGCUUGUGGAUUGGAGUCUUCUGGAUGUUCCUUCAUCUGGGUCGUGCACAGGGAAUCCAAACAGAACAACGAAGAAGAAGAAGAAGCAGAAGAAAAGAAAACGUGGCUGCCGAAAGGGUUUGAAGGGAGGAUGAAGAAGGAAAACAGAGGGUUGAUCCUCAUGAAAUGGGCGCCACAGGAGUUGAUACUGAACCAUCCGGCGACCGGUGGGUUUCUGACGCAUUGCGGGUGGACGACAGUGACGGAGGCGGUGAGCGCCGGGGUUCCGAUGAUGACGUGGCCGGUAUUCGUCGAGCAGUUCUACAAUGAGAAGUUGAUAACGCAGGUGCACGGGUUUGGAGUGGAGGUUGGGGCAGAGGAAUGGAACUCCGGCCCUUAUGAUAGAAGGGACAAGGUGGUGAAUAAGAUGAAGAUAGAAAAUGCUGUGAGGAGGUUGAUGGACUGCGGAGAGGAAGGUGAGAAGGUGAGAAGGAAAGCCAUAGAGAUGAGAGAGAAAGCUGGAAAAGCUGUGGAAGAAGAUGGAUCCUCACAAAGGAAUUUGACGGCCCUGAUUGAAGAUCUUGAGCUUUUUUGCAAAUAAUGGAUAUAAUUAUUAAAGCUGGGAGAUCGGGACGUUGUUUUUAUAAUAUCUAUUAUUAGAAAGUCAACAAUUAGUGAUGUCUCUCAUAUGCAGUGAUAUCUGAGGAGAGUCAUCAAUGCAUUUUUUAAUGGCCAGGAUAUCACUUGAUUUUGUAGGGAAAAAUGAAUUAAUUGAAUAAAAUGGU